CCCCAAGGCUGGUGUGGCGGUUCGGCUUGGCUCUAUCGCGAGUCACUCGGGGCCAUCCGAACCUCGAGUCGCCCUGUCGUGGGAGCGGCUAGACUUUGGAACGUAUGCCUCCGCCUUGGCGACCGUCUCGGAGCUGCCACUGCGGGCCGCUCACCCGUUUCCGGUGCACUGCCCCCUUUCACCGGCCAAUGUCGUCCACUCACACGCUUUGAUGACCUGUACGUGACCGCGGCGCCCUGAAUGUGAAGCUGGUUCACCAGCCAGCGUUUCGUAGCCGACACUGCCUCCGAAAGUCACAGUGUUCGAAAGCCAAGCGCCGCCGACCGGCCCAGAACGCCGCCAACACGGAGGAUUUACGGGUCACAUCGCCGCUGGAGAAUAGAGUUCACUGGCCCUGGGCUCGGCUGGGCCCUCACCUGCCGACCAAAUGUGACUCCACAAUGGAAAAGCGGGAUCGCCUCCUGGACAUUCCUUGUAGAGUCUGCGGCGACAGGAGUUCAGGGAAACACUACGGAAUAUACAGCUGCGACGGUUGCUCGGGCUUCUUCAAGCGCAGCAUCCACCGCAAUCGGGUGUACACGUGCAAGGCCCAGGGCGAGCUGAAGGGAAAGUGCCCCAUCGACAAGACCCACCGGAAUCAGUGUCGGGCUUGCCGGCUAAGACGGUGCUUCGAGGCCAGCAUGAACAAGGACGCAGUACAACACGAGCGUGGGCCCAGGAAACCCAAGAUCAAGGAGGCUGGCGGAGACCCCACAGGACACGGACCCAAGGUGCCGCACUCGGCAGCCGGUGGCGGUGGCCUGUUGCUGUCGGGCUUGUCAUUUCCGGCGGGUAAGCCGCCGCCGCCUCCCGUGCAGCCGCCGAUGUCGGGCCACUUCGACCCUUCGACAGCCGCCAUGGCCGCGGCCCUGUCCUCUUCUCCAGUUGGCGACGGCGCUCCACCCUCUUCGCCAUUGUUCCCCAAGGACGGUUUCAUCGGCUCCGCAGGUCUGCUUCAGAUGCUGCUCAACGCGGAACGCUCCCAGGAGCUUAUCUGGAACAGCGUCAGGAUGGGGGGAGGUGGAGGUGGUGGAGGAACAGCGAUGAACAACAGUUUCGGCGGCGGGCCACCGUCCGGGCUCUCGGCCAAGCUCGGGGCCGAAGGUGGCCUGUCCGCCUUCUCAUUACUUUCAUCCAGCACACAUCCUUUCGGGUCGCUUGAGGAGGCCGCUCUCCGCCAGCGACUGCAGGGCUCCGGGGCGACGCAGCCGUGCCCCUGGGGCAACACUGGGGGAGGAGGGUCUGUGCAAGAAGUCACGGCAAGGCUACUCUUCAUGGUCAUCCGCUGGGUGAAAUGUCUGCCAACGUUUCAGACGCUGUCCAAGAGUGACCAGGUCACCCUGCUGGAGGAGUCGUGGAAGGACCUCUUCCUCCACAUGGCCCAGUGGUCGGUGGCAGCCGAUAUAGUAUCCUCGUUGCCGGGCUCCAAAGGAGGCAACGGCCCUUCUCCCACGGCCGCCAACUCGUUGCGCCUGCACCAGUCCGACCACCUGGAUGGCGCACCGUCGUCGCCGCAGCACGCGGCCGAACUGCACUAUAUCCAGGACGUGAUGCGCCGGUUGAGGCAGCUCUCACCGGAUGACACCGAGUGUAGCUGCCUUAAAGCGGUCGUCCUGUUCAAGCCUGAGACCAUCGGCCUUUGCGACGCACCUGUGGAGAUGCUGCAGGACCAGGCGCAGUGCGUAUUGGGCGACUAUAUUCGCCACAAGCACCCGCGACAGCCCACCCGCUUCGGUCGGCUGCUGCUGCUCCUGCCCAGCCUGCGCGCCGUGUCAGCGGCCACUGUCGAACGACUCUUCCGCGACACCAUCGGCAAUAUUCCCAUCGAACGCAUCCUAGGGGACAUGUACACAUGGAGAAGGUUGACUGAAGGAGACAUUUCACUGUGUGCUGAAAGAGAGUUGCUGGAGUGA